AUGCGCACUGCGUAUGCACGGCGAUGCGCGCGUGUCCCUGUCGCGACCUGCUCUCGCCGUUCCCAUUCUGUUGUUUCUGUGUUCUUUUUGUUGUGGUGUCUUGCGGCACAAAUAAGGAAGCCUGCGUUGAAACAUCAACAAGCGAAAAAAAGAAAACAACAACAAGAACAACAAGCAACAAGAAUAAAAGGAGAUAUGUCGAGGUCGAAAGAGACGGCGCGGAGCAAGCGUACCAUCACUUCUAAGAAGAGCAAGAAGGCCCCCAAGGCCCCUGGUGCGGCCACCGGCGUGAAGCACGCACAGCGCCGCUGGCGCCCGGGCACCGUGGCGCUCCGCGAGAUCCGCCAGUUUCAGCGCUCCACGGACCUUCUUCUGCAGAAGGCGCCCUUCCAGCGCCUGGUGCGUGAGGUGUCGGGUGCGCAGAAGGAGGGCCUGCGCUUCCAGAGCAGCGCGAUUCUUGCGGCGCAGGAGGCGACGGAGUCCUACGUUGUGUCGCUUCUCGCCGAUACCAACCGCGCGUGCAUCCACAGCGGCCGCGUGACGAUCCAGCCAAAGGACAUCCACCUCGCCCUCUGCCUCCGUGGUGAGCGCGCGUAG